UGGUGGCUUUAAUUAGAGUACUUUUCAUGUGAUUUGUGUAAAAUUUUCCGAACUUAUUCUGUUUACCAUUCUAUAAAGGGAUAGCAAAUCUAUUUUUAUUCAUUUCUUUAUUUUUAUUUCAAAAUAGAAUAAAGUUUUAACGUAUAAUUCAUUUUAGUUAAGAAGUUAUUUUAUUAAAAAAAUACAUUAAACUUAUCUAAAGCGUAUUAAUUAUUUAUAUAAGCCGUUAUUUUAUUUUGAAGAAAAAUUGAGUGAUACGAGAUGUUAGUUUUAUUAUGUAUAUAUAUAUAUCAACGUGCUUCCCUCAACCGGUAAACGUGAGCCUGUUUGUGUUACACUGCAAGUUACUUGUGAAAACAUUGAGCAGUUCAAGUUCCAGAGAGCCAAAGGGCACGUCAGGUUAAUAAUUUCAUUGAUAUACAUGGAGAAGAACAGAGAUCACACAAGUCCUACGCAUUCCAUGGCCGCGGCAGAGAUGUUUCUUAAACCGGUGCUUCAGAAACCACCCGGCUACCAUGAGCUUCACGCGCCUCCUGAAACUCCAAACGCAUUAUCAUCUUCAUCCACGCUUCGUCGCCGGCCACCUAAGUUUAUGAUCCCGCCGUCCUUUUAUCCGGAUAAGAAGAAAAAGUGGAGUCGUUGCCGCGUCUUUUGCUGCUGCUUCUGCAUCACCGUCGCCAUACUCAUCCUCCUCCUUAUAAUCGCCGUCUCCGUCUUCUUCCUCUGGUACAGCCCGAGACUCCCCGUCGUACGCCUCGCCUCCUUCCGCGUCAGCAACUUCAACUUUUCCAACGGGAAACCCCGCGACGGUUUGUCGCACUUGACGGCGGAGGCUUCUGCGAGGCUCGAUUUCAGAAAUCCCAACGGGAAGCUACGGUACUAUUACGGCGACGCUGACGUGGCGGUGAGCGUAGGAGAUGGCGAUUACGAGACGAGUCUAGGGUCAACGGAAGUCAAAGGGUUUAUGCAAAAGCCGGGGAAUCGGACGGUUGUGAUCGUUCCGGUUAAAGUGAAGAGAGAAGAGGUGGAUGAUCCGACGGUUAAGAUGCUUUUAGCGGAGAUGAAGAGUAAGAAGUUGGUGGUGAAGGUGACAGCUAAAACGAAGCUUGGAUUGGCUGUGGGAAGGCGUAAGAUUCUUACGGUGGGGAUUACUCUCAGAUGCGGUGGCGUGACGUUACAGAAGGUGGAUAAACAGAUGGCUAAAUGCACCAUCAAAAUGCUUAAAUGGUACGUACAAUUACUACUACCUUGAUUAAUGAUUAGUGUACAUAAAUAAAUAAAUUAUUUAAAUCGCAGGAUUAAGUUGCACUCAUAAGCAAUGAUCAUGAUGAUGGAUAUCAUUUUUCAUCAAAGAUUCAUCAGAAUUAUACGACUCGAAGUGUUCAGGCUUCACGAAAGUGUCACAGUAUCUGAUUUUUGCUUUCCUUAUUGUUUUUUACUGAAAGAUUGCAUAUAAAUGAUCGAGAAAAAGACAAAAAUAGCACUAAAUCAAGUUUUUGUUCCCAAA